ACAAGAAACUUGUCUCAGGUAAUAUUUUUUCUCCAAAAGCAUGGAUCAAAACGGAGACAUACCGGAUAGUCCUUUUAGCUUCAUCUGGCUACUAUUUGGAGACGACUGGCAUCUAUGGGACACUUACCCAACAGUUGACGCUAAUGCCAUCUCACCAGAUCCAACUGUUGAUGUGAACCGUGAUAGUCCGACGAUAGAGUCCGGUUCACUUAUAAGGACAGAAGAAGAUUCGUUCGAGCAGCACUUCUUACAGUUAUCGAUCAAUGAACAAUCUGAAACAGCAUCACAAGAAGAGUAUGCAAGUGUGUAUUCUCAUGAAGACACCUUCACAUACCAGGAAGAUUCGUUUGAGCAGUACUUCUUACAGUCAUCGAUCAAUGAACAAUCUGAAACAGCAUCACAAGAAGAGUAUGCCAGUGUAUAUUCUCAUGAAGACACCUUCACAUACCAGGAAGAAACGGUCGAGCAGUCCUGGACCUCUUGGUUACAGUCAUCGACCAAUGAACAAUCUGAAACAGCAUCACAAGAAGAGUAUACAAAUGUAUCUUCUCAUGAAGACACCUUCACAUAUGAGGAAUUAGAAACGCUCGAGCAGCACUGGACCAACUGGUUACGGACAUUGACCAAUGAACAAUCUGAAAGAGCACCACAAGAAGAGUAUACAAAUGUAUAUUCUCAUGAAAACACCUUCACAUACGAGGAACUAUUGAACCUCACUGAACAAGCAGGAAAUGUAGGCACUGGUUUAACCGUGGAAGUCAUUGAUGAGAAUCUAAGAAGAAGGAAGUAUGAAAAGCGUAGUGACGAUGAAACGGAGAUAUGUGUGAUCUGUCAGGAGAAAUUGGAGGACAAUGAAGAAGUUUCGAAACUGGGAUGUGGGCAUGACUUUCACUUCGAGUGCAUCAAGAAGUGGCUCAUGGUCAAGAACAUGUGUCCUCUUUGCAAUCAAGAAGUCGUUUAAAUGUUUUAUCAAGUUGGAAAGAUUCCAUUUAUUUAGAUGUCAAGUUGGAUUUUGACUUGCUUUCUGAUUACCAUUAGAACUAUUUUGC